AUGUCUCACUGUGUCUCUACCAUGCCUGAGUUUGAGCUCAUUUCUCAAUUCACAGAAGAUGCAUUUGCUGCAGAAGAUCGUGUUUGUGAACACCCUGUUUGUCGAGCAAGGAUUGCAAAAGGUGAUCCUUGCUUCUAUGUUGGUACCGUCAACCCAGGCAAACCUGGCCGCUAUGUCUGCGGUCCAUGCCAUUCCCACUAUCUAACCAUGCCAGCCACAUCUGUGAGACCCACUGGUAGAUCUGUUCCGCAGCCGCAGCUCUCCCAUACCUUCCCUGACCCACGCACGAUCCGGCAAACUGUCAAUGCUGCACAGAGGAAAUCAACAGUUAACCCCCCUCCUGUUAUUGCAUUUGGUCGUGGCAUUCGUCCACCAUCAAUGACCCAUUCCACUGGGCCAGACAUCACUAUCCCAUCAUCAUGGGGGCAGCCGGGUCGCUCCUCAGGCUCAGGCUAUUCGGUAAAUCAUGCACAGUAUGGCACCGAGCGUGGGCAGCCAAGUCGCUCCUCAGGCUCAGGCUAUUUGGUAAAUCAUGUGCAGUAUGGCACCGAGCGUGAGCGUUGGUCGAAACUCUCAUAUGCACUUCCACCAAUGGAAACCAUCACACUCGACAUUUCGGCAGUCCAUGAGGUCGGUGCACGGAGGAAAGGACAUUGGGUUGUGAUUGGGAAUAUCCAAGAAGGCAAAAAAGAUGUUGACGCACGCAUUGAUGCUCCUGGGCUCAUGGAUAUUGCAUUCGACACUAUCCUUCCUAAGAUUUUGACUUUUGGUGCAGGAUUCCCAUGGCGUAUUGAGGAGUUUGUUGUCCGAGAUGCAGUAUGGGUUGACCUCUUUACGCACAAGGCCUCAGUCCCAUAUUUCAUCUCACAAUGCAUGGUCCCAAGCAAGAAAGGAUCGAAGGCACCCACAUUCAAGACCAAGCAAUUUGCGCUGAUGGUCGUCGUUCUGGAGGCUCAAUGGAAUGAGUAUGAGGAAUGGGUAGAAAAAGCGGAGGAGGUCUCUACUGUAUUGCAAAGCGCCUCCGCAUCCACUCAAAAUCUUACAUCGUCAAGUGCCUUUGAGUCUACCAAACGGUCCCACAGGAACAAUCUGAGCACCGCCACCACAUCUUCAUCACCACCUCACAAAAAGCUUGCAGUUGCACCACCCAAAGCGCUGUUUAGCUCGCCUGAUCGCAGCGACCUAAAGGAAGCACUGUGGAGUGGAGGCAGUGCAACAAACUUUGAUGUUGCACAAGUGCUUGGCACAUACACUGAGAACAUUCAUUUCUAUGGGAUCCCCACUCGUCCGCUUGCAGAUAUCCUUAGUAAGAAUCUCAAUUAUCGUUCUUUUAAGGUAGAACCGGUGCAGGCGAUAAUCGGACAGCUGACAGUCAAUUCAUCUAUGCGCAGCAUGCUGGGAGCUGGUGGAUUCAAGACUGCUCAUCCUGGUUGGCUUUCUCUCACUCCUCUUGUUAAAAGUGGGCUAGGAUCGGUUCCUGGUCAAAACGUUGCAGUAAAGCGACCAUUUCAUAAGGUGUUUCCAUCUGCCUCAACCCUUAUGUACAAAAUAGGUCGUUUUUCUUCAAUCGACGAAAUAGCCAAGCUUGGCAAGGAAGCAAAUGUUUUAUAUUGGGCUCAUUCUCUCCUACAGCUCACAUACGCCUUCAUCAAUCACUGUAUUGCCUCCUCUGAGGAACCUCCACCAUUUAACAUCCCUUGUGUGCGCUUCGUUGAUGCUGGCUUGGCAAUCUCUUACUCUCAACGUGAUUCCAAACCUAUGAAGGCAGGCUCAAAAACAGGCUCACCGUGUGUGGGAUAUCUUGUAGAGGAGCUUAUUGAAGGCGGGCCAGACAUUUUUGUGAAGUUCAUUCACAACAUGGACUCUAAUCCUCUGCUCGAUCAAGAUGAUUAUGGCUAUGAAGUAGCUUUGUUCUUUUCUUUCACGCAACAUGUGCAGUAUGUAAAGACGGGUGGCUUGGCCUUCAUCUCAGACUAUCAAGCUCGAUACACUACUGACUCAGAUAUCCUGAUAGGAAGCACAGAGCUGCUGACAGACCCGCAGAUCCUAACAGACCCAUGCAUCAAUAUGUCGGUUGGCCAAGGGAAGGAUCUUUUUGGCGAGGGGAAUAUGGAAUGCACGGUUAGCAUGUUUGAGAAACAGCACAAAUGCAAUGAGUUUUGUGAGUGGCCAGGGUUUGGAUUGGUGCCCUUCGCCACGACAACAGAAGACGAAAGCACAGAGGAGACGGAAGCUGGAGAAGUCGGAUGUAGGGAAGAUGGUCCAAUUGCUUCUUAG